AUGGUCGAUCCUAAGAAGAUUGAGGCCGUGAGAGAUUGGGCUAGGCCCACUUCAGUGACAGAGAUUCGUAGCUUUGUGGGUUUGGCUAGUUACUACCGUCGGUUCGUGAACGGCUUUGCUUCUAUUGCUUCGCAUUUGACCCAUUUGACUCACAAAGAAGUACCUUUUCAGUGGUUUGACGAGUGUGAGAAGAAAUUUCAAAAGCUCAAGCCUUUAUUGAUUUCAGCUCCGAUUCUAGCAUUUUCCGUGGAGGGCAAAGAUUUUAGGAUAAAUGGUGAUGCUUCUCGUUCUGGAGUUGGCAGCAGUGGUCUUUGCUUUGAAGAUUUUGAGACACUAUCUAUAUCCAUUAUGAGGUUUUCACCGACAAUCGCAGCCUUCGGCAUGCGUUUGCUCAGAGAGAUCUCAAUUCUAAGCAGCGGAGAUAUGAAGUUACUUAAGGAUUAUGACAUCAACAUCCUAUAUCAACUGGGCAAGGCAAAUGUGGUAGCGGAUGCCUUGAGUAGGAAGUUAGUGAAUUCGAGUAGAGUUUUGUCUUGUGUUGAGGCGAGAUCAUUGCUUAUGGAUUGGAUUAAGGAAAAACAGCUUGAAGAUGCUAAGUUUUGCAAGAUUCGUGAUAUGGUCUUGAGUGGUGAGGCCAAGGAGGCCAUGAUUGAUAGUGAGGGAGGGAGUCUUGAGGAUCAAGGGAUAUUUACCUACACUGCAGAGAAGUUGGCCAAGAUCUAUAUCCAUGAGGUUGUUCGUUUGCAUGGGGUUCCUAUUUUCAUCAUCUCUAAUAGAGGCCCUCAGUUUACGUCCCAAUUCUGGAGGACUUUGCAGGCCAAGUUGGGCAUUCGAUUGGAUCUUAGUACUGCUUUUCACCUUCAGACAGAUGGUCAGUCUGAGCGGAUGAUUCAGGUUCUUGAGGAUAUGCUCCGAGCUUGUGUGACCAACUUUGAGGGUCAUUGGGACCAGUUUUUAACUUUGGCAGAGUGUGCAUACAAAAACAGUUACCACUCGAGCAUUGACAUGGCCCCGUUUGAGGCUCUUUAUAGGAGGAGUUGCCAAUCUCCUACUGGAUAG